AUGAGUCAGAACACGAACACACCAUUGAUGCCCCCGCGCGGUCAUUCGACGGCACCAAGCUUCGACCCGUCGGAAGUCCGUUCGCUUCGGCGUUACUUCCAGGACCUCGAGGCGUUGUUCACCUGGUGUCAGAUUACCGAUGAAGCAGCCAAGAAACAGUGGGCCGUUCGGUACCCUUCGAUCGACGUCGCCGACUUAUGGGAAACCAUCGAGUCCUUCAUCGACGUAGCCAAGAACUACAACGACUGGAAAGCCGACUGGUCGCUGGCGGACAUGGAUCAGCUCAUCGGAGAGCGCGCUCGUAUCGGGAUUCACAACGCGGCAGACCUAGGCUGCUAUUACCGCGACUUCACGGCCAUUACAAAACAUCUCAUCGCACAGCAUCGGCUCUCCACUAUUGAGCAAAGUCGCGCAUUUCUUCGAGGAUUCCAGCCAGCAUUGCUCACACGGCUCGAGACCCGACUGCAUCUCAAGCAUCCCGAUCACUAUGCCGACGACCUGUACACCAUGGCAGAGAUUCACGCGGCGGCUACGUUCAUCUUACACGGUACAUCGAGCACACCUACGACAGCGGCUAACCAAGCUACCGCUUCGACGUCAAACACUUCGACAACGGUGCCCCCCGGGAUGAUCAAAACCGAAGACAUCUCGAUGAUCAUCGAAAGCUUGUCGAGGACGAUCGCAACACUCAUUCAGCCGACGACACACGCUACGCACAACCACGCCCCCGCACCGAGACAACAAGCUGCCGUCCACGUCCACGAGAACAGCGGAGUUGAACAGACGUGCCACUACUGCGGCAAUUGUGGCUGCAGGGUAGGCACCUGCGAGUUCGCGGAGAUCGACAUUCGGGACGGCAAGUGCAAACGAAACACCGAAGGCAAGAUCGUCCUUCCAAACGGAAGCUUCUGCCCCCGCACUAUCCCUGGUCUCACGAUACGGGAUCGAAUGUACGAGUGGCAUAGAAGAAAUCCCGCAGCACCCGCUGCUCCGACGAUGCUCUUCGAGAUCAACGAUCGCUCGACUAUGCAAACAUUCACGCUCAACACCAGCAGCAGGAUUGAGGCGCUCGAGCGAGAACUCCUUCAGCUUCAGAAGCGCAGGGAGGUCUUCAACGGCGUCGAGAUUCUACAGCGGAAGAAGCCCACGACGCCAGUCGUCACGAGAAGCGCGGAAGCCUCUGGCUCUGGUACAUCAAAAGGAGUGGCGGCACCCUCGAGCACUUCGAUAAGCACGGCUCCGCCUCCAACGAUACCAGCAGCAUCGCCCACGCCGCCUUCGCCGCCUGCGCAAUCCACGUCUCAACCUAUCGCUACAUCCGCUCCCCCAGCACCACCAGUACACCCCUUCGCAAACGCUCGCGACGCAACCUACGCCCCACCGAACGUUCGAAACUUCGCAACUCCGCCGAAGCCCUCGAACGACAAGGGCAAGGAACCAGCGUACAAGACCAUUGUCCCCGUUAUCCAGCCGAAGCUCGCCGAGGAGAUCUUCCAGCGUUUGAUGAAGUCGCCGUUCGUCACGCUGACCCCAGAAGAGUUACUGUCAAUCGCGCCCGACGUUCGAAACAAGUACCGCGACGCCGUCACCCCUAAGCGAGUCUCGACAGAACCCGUUGCAUCAGCCCACAUCGUAGAAAUCGGCGCCGACGAGGUCACGGCUGUCAACCAGCUUUCGUGUUCGGGAGCAACGUUGGAACCCGGUGCUACAAUCGUCCCCGACCCAUAUGAAACAUACCUCAAGCACAUCCCUCACAGCGAGCACCCCGCAGAAUUCACCGUCGCACGCGAUUCGAACGCGAUUCGUUCGAUCAUCGCGUUGGUCGACAACAAAGAGCAGAUCGAAUGCAUCGUCGACCCCGGUUCGCAGAUCAUCGCCAUGUCGGAAGAGGUCUGUCUCGGCCUCAACCUCCUCUUCGAUCCUACUAUCCAGCUGAACAUGCAAUCGGCGAACGGCGAGGUGGACCGAUCGCUGGGACUCAUUCGAAAUGUUCCCUUCCGCAUCGGUGAGAUCGUAUUGUAUCUUCAGGCUCACGUCAUUCGAAACGCAGCAUACGACAUUCUCCUCGGCCGGCCCUUCGAUGUGCUCACGCAGAGCGUUGUCAAGAACUUCGCCGACGAGAACCAGACCAUUACGAUCCUCUGCCCGAACACCGGCAAAACAGUCACGAUUCCGACGUACGCGUGA